AUGGGACGUCUGGCGACUCAUCUGCUCUGCUUGGGCCUAAUCUUCAUGAUGACCAACGGUCAUGAAUCCUGGGAAUGCCUGGCCCCCUGCAAAUGUAAAUGGGUCUCCGGGAAGAAGACAGCGGAGUGUGUGCGUUCCAACUUCACACACAUCCCCAAUUACCUGUCCUCAGAGAUUCAGAGUCUCGAUUUAACAGGCAAUCGCAUCAAUCACUUAUCAGCUGAUGCAUUCAGUCGAGUAGGUCUCGUAAACCUCCAUAAGCUGAUCAUGCGUGAAUGCGGUGUAAGAGCCAUCGAUGUCGCAGCCUUUAACGGCCUGAAGAUCGUCAUCGAGCUAGACCUCUCGAACAAUCACCUGAAGAACCUCCUUUCAGGUACCUUCGUGGAGACUCAGCGUCUGCGUGUCCUCUUGCUAAACCACAAUCAGCUGGAGAGCUUGGAGAACGGUCUGUUCCACGAUCUGGCGUUCCUCCAGAAGAUCGAGCUCUCCAACAACAGACUGGAAAGGAUCUCAGAGAAGACCUUCAAGAACCUGCCAGGUCUGCAGACCCUCACUCUCGACGGCAACAACCUGACGACAGUCAAGCUAACGACCUUCGAGAAUCUUCCAAAGCUCGGCAGUCUGGAACUACAGAACAACCACUGGAACUGCAACUGUCACCUCAAAAGAUUCCGCAAUUGGACCAUCGAACGCAAACUCUACACCGAACCAACAAAAUGCAGUCAACCAUCUACCCUAGCUGGAAAAAUGUGGAACGAGGUGGACAGUGAUGAGUUCGCUUGUCGUCCAAAAAUCCUUUCCAUAGGCCCCUACACCCAUUUAGAAAUCAUAACAGGUGACACUGUGACAAUGUGGUGUCAUGCAGCUGGCAUACCACGUCCCCAAUUAUCCUGGGUGCAUCGUUCUCGUGUAAUUAGCAAUUCAACCAGACGACACACAACCGAUCGCGGUUAUUUAUUGACUGAACGCCACGAAUGGCUGAAUCUAACAAUACCAGAUGUACUGGUUGCUGACAAGGGUGACUACAUAUGCAUUGCCAAGAGUCCCGGUGGUAGUGUUGAGAGAAACAUAAGUGUCACGAUACUCGGGGACAAUGAGAGCAGUAAAAUUGGACCAAUAAGUCUGUCACUUGCACUUGGCCUUGGUGUGACGCUACUACUUCUACUCCUGUUUCUUAUGUCACUGUGUGCAUGGUAUUGCAGGAGAAAACGGAUGCGACAUGAUGAGAAGAAUAGUGCUGAUGUUACGUCGUUAGAGCAUCAUGGCUUGGGUGAACAGGAGAAGUCACUCAUUACAGCAAUUAAUCCAGUCGUUAAGCCACCGAGGAGAUACGAAGCACCAUCGGUUACGUCCCAUGGUACUGAGAUGACUGAGCUCAAUCGCACACUACUUGACAACGACUCUGUCUUCGCUGACAACCCCGGGAGUGUAAUUGGUGUCGUGGGUGGUAUGAUUGAGGAGGACCAGGGUCGUUCAACACCGGAUCGCGACAAUCAAACCCGUGGUAACGGCUACCGUCAGUACCCACCCGAUCUAUUGGCAUUCUCAGGUGGUCGUGGCUCAUCGCCGACGAGUCAAUCAUCAACAGCCCAAGACACGCCGCGUCACAUUAAUCAGUACGGUUCACCGUCGUCAGGGCAGUACCCAGCGCCGUUCAAGACCCUGCCCCACAAUCGAAGUGGCAGUGGAUCGUACUCUUCACCGAUACCAGUUCUACCGCGUCACGGUUACGUGACAAUACCAAGAAGACCGAGGGCCCCCAGCUGGAGCAGUGGACCCCCUACGUCACCAGUGGCUCUUCUUGACGGAGGUGUUGAGCCGGUUUACGAUAAUCUCGGAAGACGAACGACUGCCGAUGGUAGCUCUGUUGUCUCCUUGAAUAAGAGCCCGGAGCCUGGUGCAUCAAUGAGAAUGAGACCAUUACCAAUGACACCGACGAAUUUGUACAACUCUAUACAGCGCAGUACACCGAAUAUACUGGCUGGCAGCCCACUGGACAGAUCUGCACCUGAGGGAGCUGCCGAGUGGUCGACGAAGAUGGAUGAGGGAGACAGCAGGGCUAGUGAUAAUGGAGGCACACUGGGGAGGAAGAUACCACCGAGACCACCACCGAAACCCAAGAAAAAGUCAGCCAAUGGACCACUGUACGAGGACGAGGGCGAGGAUGGCACUGAAGUUUGAUUACGUUUCUGGGAAAUGGGGGAGUCAAUGCCAUUGAAUAAACCGGUUUGUGCCUUCGGAGGAUUAGUGGAUAAUAGCUGAUGGGCUUCCAGUGGGAGGGGUACGGUGGGGUGAUUGAAAAAUUAUUGGUGAUGAUUGGAGACAGUUGAGACAAUUAAGGGGAAUUGGAGAGGUGGGGGAGAUCAACAACUGCUUAUUCAUGUGUUCUUCCCCGAUUUAUUUUUUACUUUUAGUUUCAAUUCUUUAUUAUUGUGAUUAGAUUUAUUUAGUCUGAGGGACUUUGUGGGGAAUUACUUUGUUUAUGAGAGGUAUCUCCAAUGAUGGGGGAGAUGAAUGCAUAAUUGGCAGGAAUGUUAGGGUCAUUACGUUUUACAAAUUUACGACAGGUUUAAUGAGUCUGGACGGAGUGAUUUAUACUUAGAUAUCAUGUUUGGGAUACAUAAAUCAAUGUCACAUUGGGGUAAUUUUUGAAGGGAUUGAUCGAAUUUGAGGGGGAUUGCGU